AUGCUCCCAGACUCUCAAUCAAGCGAUUCCGCGCCGCAAGGCCGAACCUACCGCUCGACGCCCUCUGCCAAGCAGGUCCGUUUCCCGGUGAGACGCAGCAGAUUUCGGGGGCAGGGCAAGGGCAAGGACGCUCAGAAGCGGGAAAACGCGUCGUUGAAGCAGCAGACGCUGACGCAGAUGGAUUUUGUCUCGUCCUUCAGUGAGGAGCUGGUUACUCUUUCGGAUGACGAUGUCUCAGAUGAGCCGGCUAUUCUCCAGCGAGAAACCUCGGAAGCUGAAGCUCGGUUGGGAGAGAGACUGCAGGAGGGAACAAGAGGGAACUCGCCCGUCAUUCAAGACACUUUUGCUUCUCCAGACGACAGCUUGUCGGCCUCAGUUCAAGUCUCACCUCCGCGGUUUCAGCCUCUACAAGUACGAGAUGCAAUACCAUCAUUAUCCCCCAGCCGUGUGAAAAGAAUGGGGCCAUUGGACGAAGUCAAGGCCUCCCCGCGCCGUCGUGCACAUUGGAGUAGAAAUUUAGACGGCUCGAAACGACUCAAGCCGUCUCAAGGAGACGACAUGUCGUCCCCAACACGGAUCCAUCCCUUAACCAAGGAUGUCGAUGACCGGGAAAUCCCAGACUCUGACGAAGAAUAUGAAGAGUUAGAGUUGCAGGAAGACGAUCCAGGACUGAUACAUCAAGACACGUUUGUGACCGGCCAUGAAACACAGCUUGUCCUGGAGGAGCUUGCCUCUCUGGAGUAUCCGGAACGAGACGGAGAGGGACAUGACGCGGAAACCAACCAGCUACUGGCAUCAACGCAACACUCGCCCACGCUCACCUCAUCUGGAGGCUCUUCGAAUAGCAAGCCUAUUCCACCAAUAGAGGAUAUUGAUCGUCUACCUACAGCGAAAGCAUCGUUACAGUCUCCUACCAUCUCACCAUCACCAAACUCCACAUUUGAAUCUCAUCAUCAGACCCAGCUCAGCCAAAGACGGCACGAUCCGGUCUUUGAGUCGCAGCGCGUACCCCUCCACAUUCUCCAGUCAUUCACCCCCGUAUCUGCACGUUCAGAUAUCCUCCUCCCCACGCCUUCCAAGGUCCUCAGCCCCCUCGUCAAUGGCUCCGAGACGGUUCUCCAUCUAUCGUAUCGAGUGCCCGAACAGGUCCGGCGGUUCUGGCUGUUGGGCCAAGAAACACUGCGCUACAUGGCCUGCGUACAGCCUGGCAAGCCCAACGGACUUGGCUGGGACUAUCACGCUGAUCAGGUAUAUGAGCUCAAUAACCCAGUGGAGGAGCGUGAUAUGCAAGAAGAGGGAUGGGUAACCGGACAGGUCCGGCGAUAUAUCUACCUACCCCCAGCCAUAGUGGGACAACUCCUAUGGAAUCUACGAUGCGCAACCUUUGACCGCGCCGGACUAGAACAGGACGAUGAAAAUAGCCAAGAGAAGAAGAGCAACAUCGAGGUUGUGGACUGUCGCGAGUCCGAGUCCAGCAUGCCUUCACAGCCGGCGGCCCAUUCCGAAGGCUGCACGGGUCAUCAUGAUACCGGCCAACCAAGCAGUUUACUAUUUCAAGACCACGGGAGCUCCUUAGCCACUCUCCCAACGAAUGUUGUCUUUGACUCCUCUCCACUGUUGACAAAGAGUCAGAUGCUUCCCGACAGUCUGCUCAGCGAUGAUGUUUUAUAG